CCCCCCUUCAUUGGCCGGGGCGCUCGCGCCGCUUCCGCCGCGCCCCCACAUUGGCCGCAGCGCUCGCGCCGCCGGUGAGUGACAAGCGCCCCCCAUUCCCCCUCAGCCCUCAGACCCCCGCCGGGCGCGGGGGCGGCGGGAGGGGGGGGGGAAAUUCGCUGCUGCCGCCGGCGCUUCCGCCGCUUCCGCCGUUCUCCGCCCUCCCACCAUGCGCCGCCGCCGCCGAUUCCUGUCUUCUCCUGGUGUCCUCCUGCCAUGACCUCCUGGACCUUCUGGACCUCUGCACCUCCUCAAUCUUCUGAACCUCCUUGACAUCCUGGACCUUCUGGAUCUUCUGAACCUUCUGCACCUUCUGGACCUUCUGGAUCUUCUGAACCUCCUGGAUCUUCUGAACCUCCUGGAUCUUCUGAACCUUCUGCACCUCCUGGAUCUUCUGGAUCUCUGCACCUCCUCGAUCUUCUGAACCUCCUUGACCUCCUGGACCUUCUGGAUCUUCUGGACCUCCUGGACCUUCUGGAUCUUCUGGAUCUUCUGAACCUCCUGGAUCUUCUGGAUCUCUGGACCUCCUCGAUCUUCUGAACCUCCUGGACCUCCUCGAUCUUCUGAACCUUCUGCACCUCCUGGACCUUCUGGAUCUUCUGAACCUCCUGGAUCUUCUGAACCUUCUGCACCUCCUGCAUCUUCUGGAUCUCUGCACCUCCUCGAUCUUCUGAACCUCCUGGACCUUCUGGACCUUCUGGAUCUCUGGACCUUCUCGGUCUUCUGAACCUCCUGGACCUCCUGGACCUCCUGGACCUUCUGGAUCUCUGGACCUUCUCGAUCUUCUGAACCUCCUUGACCUCCUGGACCUUCUGGAUCUUCUGAACCUUCUGGACCUUCUGGAUCUCUGCACCUCCUCGAUCUUCUGAACCUCCUUGACCUCCUGGAUCUUCUGAACCUUCUGCACCUCCUGGACCUCCCAGACCUCCAGGACCUCUGGGACCUCCUGCACUUCUUGGACCUCGUGGAUCUUCUGAACCUUCUGCACCUCCAGGACCUUCUGAACCUCCUGGAUCUUCUGCACCUCCUGCACCUCCUGGAUCUUCUGAAUCCUCCUGGACCUCCCAGAACUUCUGGACCUCCAGGAUCUUCUCAACCUCCUGGAUCUCUGGACCUCCUGCACCUCUUGGACCUCCUGGAUCUCCUGGAUCUUCUCAACCUCCUGGACCUCCUGGAUCUUUGGACCUCUUGGAUCUCCUGCACUUCCCAGACCUCCAGGACCUCGUGGAUCUCCUUGACCUCCUGGAUCUUCUGAACCUCCUGCACCUCCUGGAUCUUCUCAACCUUCUGGACCUCCUGGAUCUCCUGGAUCUCCUAAAUCCCAACUUUUCUGUUGGGAUGAUGAAUUCCCAACGUUCCGAAAUCCCCCCGGUGCCCAAGAUGGGCGUCCGCGCCCGCGUGGCCGAGUGGCCUCCGCGCUCCAAAGAAUAUUCCGGAAACUCACGGAACUUCCUCCCGCCUUCUCAGUCGUCUUUCAAACCUUUCCAUCGAAGGUUGAUCCCUCAUUUGAAAGAUUUGGAAUUCCAAGAAGGAUUUUUAGGAAUUCCGUUGAGACAAAGAAGCAGCAGCGAGGUCACUUUGAGCGAAUGCGACCCCGAAGAAAUCCCGGAAAUCCGCGGGAAUUCCGGGGAAUUCCUCGGAUUAUUCCGGGAAUACGGCAGCACCUCCUCCAUCGACAUCCAAGGAAUUCCGGAACAAAGCUUUUUCGAAAUGCUCAACGAAUUCCGAACUAAAAAACCCCCAAACCCCCAAAACCCCGAGCAACCCCAACCCCACAAAGAAAAACGGCGCCGUUGUUUAAAACCCGACGAUUCCAUCUUCAAAAAACUCCUCAACCCCAAAGAUCCCGAAGAUCCCAAACUCCCCGAAGCUCCGAAAUCUUGGAUUUGGCGCAAAAGUUUCGCUCACUUCGACGUUCAGAGCGUUUUGUUCGAGGCCGUUUCCGUCGGCGCCGCCGCGGGGACUCAGCGGCGCAACACGACCACGGGAGCUUCCGCCGCUUCGGCCGGAUCCGACCCCAACUUCUCCAGCAUGGAAAAUUUAAAUUCCAAGGAAAACCUGGAGCAGGAUUUAGGCGACAACACCAGCAACGAUUUAUUGUUGAGCUGCCCUCAUUUCCGCAACGAGAUCGGCGGUGGCCGAGGCGAACGCGACGUCAGUUUUUCCAAAUCUGCCUUUUCUUCUUCUUCGUCAUCGUCGUCGUCUUCAUCUUCUCCUCCUCCUCCUCCUUCUGGAAUUUUGCUGGAAUCUGGGAGUUUUUUGAAGGUGUCCAACGCCGGAGUUUCCGUUUUGGAGUUUCCUAAGGAGGAGCAAAGGAAUCCCGAGAGGGUUCGGAGUUACAGCGUGGAGCACGCGGACCUGGGAGCCACCUACUACCGGGACUAUUUCCAUGGCAAAGAACACUCCAAUUAUUUCGGGUUGGACGAGAAGCUGGGCCCGGUGGCCGUGAGCGUCCGGCGCGAGCGCCUGGAGGAGCCCUCGGAGCACGGCCCCCAGUUCCAGCACCGCCUCAUCUUCCGCACCAGCCAGCUCGUCACCCUCCGUGGCUCCAUCCUCGAGGACGCCGUCCCCAGCACGGCCAAGGCCGGCUCCGUGCGCGGGAUCCCCCUGCGCGAGCUGCUGGAAUUCGUCCUGCCCGAGCUCAACAUCCACUGCCUGCGCCUGGCCCUGGCCACCCCCAAGGUCCCCGAGCAGCUCCUCAAGCUGGACGAGCAGGGGGUGAGAAUUCCUGGAAUUUUGGGAAUUUUUGGGGAAUUUUUUAGGGAUUUUUUGGGGAUUUUUCGUCAAUUUUGCUGAAUUUUUUGGGGAUUU